AUGUAUGAGUGUCCACAUUCCGAUUGUAAUGCGACCAUGCAUGGCAAAACGGAAUAUAACGAACAUUUCCAAACGCACCCUAAACCAUUUCGUUAUCAAUGCAAGCAUCCUGGUUGUGGGAAAGAAUUUGAGAAAUCAACAACAUUUUCCAAGCACAAAAAAUUCUGUCAACACAAAUCUCAGAGCCAAGCGGAAGAUAAUCCGCAGUUGGAACAUACUUUGGCAGACACACGAAAUCAUCACAUUGCCGGUCAAAGUUCAGUGGGUCAACAAGAUCGCUCAAGUGACGAGUAUCUAUUAGAAAGGAUGAACGCCUUCGAUGAUCCCGACGAUAGCAUCUUCGACGGUCUUAACAUCGACGAUGUUGCUGUUGACGUCGAAGAUAUUAACAUCGACGAUGGUGACAUCUUCGAUGGUGUUGUUAUCAAUGAAUGAAUGAAUGCUCACCCAUGUAUUGCGUAUUAUUUAUUUGUCAUUUCAAAAUAUUUCGAAAUUGAAAUAAAAAA